AACUGCAGUUCUUCAUAAUCUAAGUUGUUUCUGAAAAUGGCAAGUUCAUUCCUUUACUAUUUGGCAGCUUUCUUUUGUUAUUUGGAGCUUUGUUCUUGCUUCCACCCAAGACAUUUGACCCUGUCAACCACUGGAACUCAGUGGUCGCCCGCCGGCGCCACCUGGUAUGGCAGCCCUGACGGUGCCGGAAGCGACGGAGGUGCUUGCGGGUAUGGCAGUGCUGUGUCUCAGAGUCCUUUCAAUUCUCUUGUCACUGCCGUUGGCCCAAGUCUGUAUGAUUCCGGAAAGGAAUGUGGUGCCUGUUAUCAGGUGAAGUGUACCGAAAACCCUUCAUGCUCGGGGAAGCCAGUGAGGGUAGUGAUAACAGACUCUUGCCCCGGAGGCCCUUGUGCCACCGAUUCUGCACAUUUCGACCUCAGCGGCACCGCUUUCGGCUCCAUGGCACUUUCCGGUCAGGAGCAAAAACUUCGUGAUGCCGGAGUACUACAAAUCCAAUAUGCACGGGUUGCAUGUGAUUAUGCAGGAAAAUCAAUCGUCUUCCAUGUGGACCAGGGGUCAAAUCCGAACUACUUUGCGGUGGUGGUGGAGUUUGAAGAGGGAGAUGGAGAUCUUGCAGCAGUUGAUUUGAAGGAGGGUUCAGGGGGAGAAUGGAGAAGCAUGGCACAGUCGUGGGGAGCGGUUUGGAAGCUGGAUGCGGGUUCAGAAUUACAUGCGCCGUUCUCGAUUAAAUUGACGUCGGAGUAUUCGGGGAAGACACUGGUGGCAGAAAACGUGAUUCCUCAAGGAUGGACGGCCGGAGGUACUUACAGAUCAGUGGUUAAUUACGCGGUAUGAAAUGAGUCUGAGGUUUUGAAUAGGUCAGAAUAGAGCACCCACAAGCCGAAAUUAUGGAGAAGUUGUCGUAAUGUUGAGGUGCUUGUAUUAACAAAUAUUUAGCACGUGUGAAUGAUGUGAGUUUGAAGUUUAAAGAAAUAAUAAGCACGUGUAGUAUUAUUAAUUAA